AUGAAGGUCCCCGAGCCCAAGGUCGCUCUGGAGAACAUAUGUUCAGUCAUCCACGACAACGUUUUGUACACAUACUCUGCCGGCGCUUUCCAGUCGCUGGCGCUCGAGCAAGGCGCUGAAUGGAAGAUCUUGUCGCAGGGCGAAUCAGUAACGGGAGCUGUAUGCGUGGGCUCGAACCCCAAGGAUGCCAGCCAGGCUGGCUUGUACAUUGUUGGAGGUAAGGCGGCGUCGGCAGAUUACCGCGGCCUGCAGAAAUUCACCUACUCGACCGGGAAAUGGGAAUCCAUCACGCCGCAGGACCCUGUCACCCAAGACCGGUUGCUUCACGGCGCAACAUAUCUCCCCGGCAGCGAUCAGAUUGUCAUGUACGGCGGAAGCCAGGAUGGAUACUCGGGUCCCUCGACCCAAACCUUCGUGGUCGGAGCGUCCGCGCCUUAUAACACCCGAGCCUUCUCGUCGACAGCGGCGCCCGUCAUAAACCCCAUACUUCUGCCAUGGUCCGACACCCAGGCGGCCCUGGUCGGAGGCAGCGCCACCAACAACAAGAUCAUGCUCUUCAGCCCCGACACUGCCUGGACCGACUCUGGUGCGACACUCGCCGAUCCCUUGACGAAAGACAGGGCCGCGAUGCAGGCCGUCAUCAUCAACGGAGACGAUGGAAGCAAGAGCCUGUUCACUUUCGAUCUCUCAAUGACACCGAACCAGGUCAAGCGAAUGGUCCUCAUCGACGCCUCGGGCGCCCCCGUCGUCAACUCUGCCGCGGUGUCGAAGAAGGUGACGAGGGAGGCGACUGGCGAGUUCGUGAAGCGCGCUCUGACCCUCAGCGACUGGCCAGCUUACAACAGCACGUUUGCGCCCGUAGGCACGCGCCUCAACUACAGCGUCGCCCAAGAUCCCGACGGGCUCGUCGUGUUUGCAGGAGGCUCGGGAUCUGCCAACGACUCCCUCUGUAUUUUCAACGCCCGCGGGAACACUUGGGAGAACGCCGCACAGAAGCUGAGCGAGCAGGAUGUCCUCAUCUCCAGCGAAUCGACAAGCUCCGCCGGCGGCACUGCCGCGACCCAGACUGCUAGCAGCUCUGAUCUGUUGGGUCCCGCCUAUUCCACUCUGCCUGCGUCUAUCAGUGCGUCCGCCUCCGCCUCGUCGGCAGCAAGCUCCGAGACCGCCGCAGUCGGUGCUCCGGCAGCAGUUAGUGCCAACGCUAUCCUCGGCAUCGUUCUUGGCACCAUCACCGGUAUCAUGAUCCUCCUAGGUCUAUCUCUCUUCUGUAUCCGGCGCCGCCGUGCCGCCAAGAACCGUCAGAACGCCGAGAUCCCAAAUACCAGGGGCAUGAGCCCGAGAGGCUUCCCUGACGAGAAGGCCGGCCUUGGGUACGGCGCGGACGACUUUGGUUCCGCCCCCGGCGGUCACUUCCGUGGCCACCAGCAGCAGGAAUCAGCGGGCUCGUUCUCUUCCAUGGCUAUCUUGAUGGGUAAGGUCAACGGCAACAACACGCAAAAGUCCGGUGGCCUCCGUGAUGAUUCCAACAGCUUGUUCAAGAGCACUAUCGGCAAGCCCAUCCCCCAGACGAACGACGAGCCGGCCCUAUCGCCCCCAUCCCGCGACGAGAAGGGUGUCUCGUUCGCCGCCGACGUUGCCGAGCCGCGUCCAGCGACCAGAGGAGCUCCCGUCGGCCGUAAUGGCGAGACGCGCAGAAGCUCGGGCUGGAACCGGUACUGGUCCGGCGGCAGCGCGCUCAACAUCCUUGGAUUUGGUAACUCGAAGCGGACAACGGUCGACUCGGACAACAGCUCUCGCUACUCGAACGGAGUCGACAGGAACCGGAUCACACAAGACUCCGCCACGGUCCCUCCCCUGCACCUCAUCACCCAGGACUUGUCCACUAUUCCGCCCAUUCAGCACAAUGGCCGGCCAGAGCUCAGCCGCGUCGCCUCGGGCAGUCCGACUGUGUCAAACUACUCGAACCAGAUCCCCUUCCGGGACGGUGUGUCUGCCACGAUAGAAUCUCCCAGAAGACCUCAGUCGGAUAUGUCCUCCGGAUACUCGAGCGGCAUCCCUGAGAGCGUCCGCGAUACGUGGGACCCCACCGGCUCCUCGAGGCCCUGGGGUGCCGAUCGUGCGGCGAGCAGUGUCUACGCCGAGAGUCUUUACCCGACUUCGCUGGCGCCAAGCAUGCCGAACCGGCAAAUCCAAACGGACAACCAGGUUGGCGUCAGCCAGCAGCCCCCUCUCCCCAUGGCCUCCACGUCAGACAUGAGCUGGCUCAACCUGGGCGAGAUUAACAAGCAAAACCAGCGCUAA